AUGAGAACUCCCAAGCUUGCUACCACUUCCUUCCUACUCCACAGCUUGAUUAUCAUAUUUCUGUUCCUGAACUUCCAACUGCAGGCAAAUGGUUCAGGCAACAAUGAGACGGAUCGACUUGCCCUGCUGGAGUUCAAAAGUAAGGUGAGCAGUGACCCGGAUGGAGCUCUGAAAUCUUGGAAUGAUUCCGUCCAUUUCUGCAACUGGUUUGGUGUUGCAUGUGAUCCUCUUCCUAGCCAGCGAGUCAUUUCCCUUGACCUCCAUGGCCAAAGUCUGGUCGGUACUCUGCCUCCGCACGUCGCCAACCUUACUUCUCUUAGAUACAUCAACCUCAUGGAGAACAGUUUCCACGGUGAGCUUCCACAGUUACUUGGAAACUUGCUUCAACUCGAGCACCUCAAUCUCACCGACAACGCAUUUGAAGGCGAGAUUCCAACCAACCUGACUCGUUGCUCUCAGCUCAAGUACUUCUUGUUGGAAGCGAAUAAGUUUAGGGGAAGCAUCCCGCUGGAGAUUGGCUCGUUAUCGAAGCUCGAGUUCAUCAGAGUUGGAACCAACAAUCUGACAGGAUGGCUCCCGCCUUCCCUGGGGAACCUCUCGUUGCUCCUCAACUUCGGUGCUGCGUAUAAUAACUUGACAGGACGCAUUCCAGAAAGCAUAGGCCUGCUACCAAGGUUAAGAUCAAUUACCCUUGGGAGCAACCAGCUCUUUGGUUCACUCCCUCCAUCCUUCUUCAAUAUCUCAUCCAUCAGGACCAUUGCAAUUCCUUGGAACAACUUGCGUGGUCGAUUGCCGGUGGACAUGGACCUCACCAUGCCCAAUCUCGUAAAUUUCGCCAUUUCCAGAAAUGAAUUCUUCGCAACCAUCCCUGAUUCAAUCUGCAAUGUCUCUCAGCUACAGAUACUGAAUAUGAACCGAAAUGACUUUGUAGGAAAGGUUCCUACUUGUCUCGGGAAACUUGGGAAUCUUACUUCCCUAUACAUGGCUGACAAUAAUCUUGGAAGCAAUUCGACGGGCGACUUUGCAUUUCUGGAGUCAUUGAGCAAUUGCAGUCAGCUGGACGGGGUGGGUAUUAGCAUCAACAAUUUUGGCGGCCCGUUACCAGAAUUUCUGGGGAAUCUGUCAACCACACUCACCAAACUGUUUAUUGGCUUCAAUCAAGUCACUGGAGUUAUCCCUGCAGGGUUGGUCAAUCUCUUCAACCUGACGGAUCUGGAGAUUUCCUAUAACUACUUGACAGGCACCAUCCCUCCUUAUAUUGGCCAGCUUUCUAAUCUCCAGAGACUAACAUUGAAUGGAAAUCAACUUUCAGGUCAGAUUCCAUCCUCUAUAGGCAAUCUCAGUAAGUUGUCUGAACUGUAUAUAGGACAGAACAAACUCCAAGGCAACAUUCCACCCAGCAUUGGGAACUGCCUUCGAUUGACUGCCUUGGAUGUUUCAGAAAACAGAAUCACGAGAGCUAUACCUCCAGAGUUGAUGAGCCUUUCUUCGUUGUCCAUAUUGUUGAACCUGUCAAACAACCUUCUCACAGGCAACCUGCCUGCAGAAAUUGGGCAGUUGGAAAAUGUGAAUAUGUUAGAUAUCUCUAACAAUCAAUUGAAAGGGGAAAUUCCUAGCACCAUUGCCAGUUGCUCAAGUCUGGAAUACCUUUAUAUGCAGGGGAAUUCUUUCGACUCGGUUAUUCCUCCAGCUUUAUCGUCUCUGAAAGGGCUUCAGGAAUUGGAUCUUUCACGAAACAAAUUAGAUGGAGAAAUCCCAGAAGAUCUACUACAAAUCCGCCUACAGUCUUUGAAUCUUUCUUUCAAUAAUCUGAGAGGUGAAGUGCCAUCGGAGGGGAUAAUUGCCAAUGCAAGCAUUGUAUCAUUGACAGGCAAUCCCAUGCUCUGUGGUGGUGCUCCAGAGUUCCUUUUGCCUAAAUGCCCAAAUAAGACCACCAAGAAUAGAAGGCCUCAAAAGUUGAAGCUAAUAGCCAUCAUUGUUAGCACAUCUCUAUCUGCACUUUUAGUGGUAAUGAUAGGCCUUGUACUAUAUUGCAAGAUGAGAAGACCAAACAAGCAUAUCCAUCAAGGAGAAGAUCGACUGGUGGACGACUUUGUGAAGCUUUCUUACAGAGACAUCCAUGAUGCGACCAAUGGAUACAGUCAUGAAACUGUUAUCGGGUCUGGUGGUAUUGGCACAGUGUACAAAGGUAACCUGGAGCAAAUGGAAGCACCAGUAGCUAUUAAAGUAUUCAACUUGCAAGAAAAGAAAGCGUAUAAGAGAUUAGUGGUGGAAUGCAAGAUAAUGAGGAAUAUCCGGCAUCGAAAUCUCGUGAAGAUUCUAUCUUGCUGCUCUAGCACAGACAACAAAGGUAAUGCUUUCGGAGCUCUAGUUUAUGAAUUUGUGGAGAAUGGGAGCCUCGAUAAAUGGCUGCAUUGCGGUAAUGAUGGCAUCAACACAUCACACCAUCUCAGUCUUCCCCUAAGACUCAAUAUUGCAAUAGAUGUGGCAUCUGCAUUGCACUAUCUUCAUGAUCUUAGUGGAACAUCAAUCGUUCAUUGCAAUUUGAAGCCAAGCAACGUGCUCCUAGACCAUGACAUGGUAGCUCAUGUGAGUGAUUUCGGUCUAGCGAGAAUCCUCUCACCAUCUGAUACAAAUACAGCAAGCACAAUUGGGCUAAACGGGAUGGUUGGCUAUGCAGCACCAGAAUAUGGGACGGGCUCCGGGGCAUCCAAGGAAGGGGACGUGUACAGCUACGGAAUCCUUGUGCUGGAAAUUCUAUCAGGAAAAAGACCAACAGAUGAAAUGUUCAAGGAUGGUAUGAAUAUACGCAACUUUGUCAAGGCCGCAUUGCCAUCCAUACUUCCAACCUCGAUUGAUCCUUCAAUGCUGAUAUCUGGAAAAAAUGACGGAAUUGACAAGAAGGUGGAAGACUGCUUGAUCUCCUUGCUUGAACUGGGAGUGAAGUGCACAGCAGAAGCGCCGAACGAACGGAUGAAAAUGGCUGACGUUACCAGGAAGCUACAGACUAUCAGAAGUACCUUUCUAGCAAAAUCUGUCCGCUCAUAG